AUCAGAUGCUCACAUCCACAUCGUCUUUAUAAUCAACCUUUUUUUCACUACUUUUUAUUUAUGCUUUUUUGAUCGUUAAUCUUUUCAACUUUUUUUUGUUUCCAUUCUUCUCCCCUUCUCUUCUUCUUCUUUCAUUUCAUCACUCUCUCAUCCCACCAUCCUUACCCUUUCCUCAUCCUACCUUAUCUCAUCCUACCCUGCCUCAUUUCAUCUCACCUCAUCAUUCCAUCGUCCAUCACAUCAUUUCACACCCUCAACUGUUUACCCAUCACACCUUUGUCCCUUCUUCUUUAAUUCUCUCUUCACACUUAGUUUACUAAACUUCACGUUUCCAAUCCAUCAUAAAACAUGGGAGCCAAACACUCUAAAGAAAACAAAGACCUUGCACGACGCACACAUUUCUCUAAAAGAGAGAUCAAUGCUCUGCGCCGAGAAUUUGAAAAGACUUCCAAUACUUCAAAGUCUAAUGUCCUUACCGAGGCACAGUUCAAGGAGAUUUUCCGCCGUAUUUUAAACUCUUCACCCUUAGAUGAUGUGUUCUUGACACGUCUGUAUUCAGCUUUUGACACCAAUCCCAACUCCAAGGGCGUCAACUUUAAAGACUUCAUUGAGGGUCUAAGUGUCUUCAUGAAAGGGACUUCAGAUGAGAAGCUCGAACUGUCAUUCAAGUUGUACGAUAUUGAUCAUGUUGGAUACAUUACUCGCCCAGGCUUGGAGAAAGCCAUGACCCAAUUGCACUCUGUUGUGGCUGGUUCAUCGCAGGACGAAACCCACCAGAUUCAAGAGCUGGUGAAGCGAAUUUUCGAUGACCUGGAUGUCAAUAACGAUGGCAAAUUGUCUCUUGAAGAAUACAAACUGAACUCCAUGAAGGAGCCGCUGAUCAUCGACUUUUUGAGCCAGUUCUUAGCUGAUCAGACUGACUCCAGUUCCAAUUCAAUCAGUUCAGCUCUGUCUGUCCCACCUUCACCUCGCUCCGGAUCUUCGCCACCUUCGCCUCGCUUCAAUCAUUUCGCACCACCCUCACCCAGACUCCGGGACUCGCUUUAUGGCACUGCAGGGCAUGUUUUCCAAACGUCUUCGCCCUCAGGAAGUUUCAGACUGAGUAACUCUCAUAGUCUUCUCUGGCUCAAUGGUGGCGUGAAUGGUAGUGGGGACCUUUUGGGAAAAGUAAAUGAAUUCGAAGGACUUGUCGCAGCAGAAGAGGAACAAAAGGCUCAGGAAAAGAAAGCAGUAGCAUUGGCCGCAGGUAAUGCUUCUGUUAAAGAAGAUAGUGUCGCACAAGCCAGCAAAGAAAGCAACGAGUAUAAGGACGAUAAGAAAAAAGAUACAGAGGCAGAAGUCAGUUCGCCCGUCAACAUUGUGGUUGUGCCAUCAGAAGAGGCGGAAGUACCAACAAAAGAACAAGGAGCAGCAGCAGCAGCAGUAUCAUCAUCAUCAACACCAGCAGCAGUAUCUGCAUCUUCAAAUGAUGUAGUGUCACCAACAACAGUGGAAGAAUCCAUCCAUGUGAAUGGAGAUUUGCAUACUACAACAAAUGGUGUUCAUGCCACUACUGAAGAAUCAUCCAAGGAUAGCCUGGAUGAACCUAAAGUCAAUGGUGACAACGCCCACAUCCAAUCUCAGGCCUCACUGGACGAAACAACCACCAAAGUGACCGUCUAAGAGAGC